CUAUGCUUCAGUUUGUUUUUUUCAUUGUUCGAACUACUUGUACCGGAUAGCGCGGUGUAUGGGUUCGUAGGAGCGUAUGAAUACGGUACAUAGCCAGAGGGUACUGACUGCGGCAUAGUAUACAUCCCCGAUGUCGGCACGUGGGCCGCCUGUGGUAUACCGCCAGCCAGAGCGCCGGAGAUCGAAGACGGGAACGGUGCUGGAGGACCCUGCCGUGACGUUUGCGGUUGUGGUGGCGAUGGAGGUGGCGGCGAUGGAGGCGGUGGCACCGGCUGUUGCGAGCGAAGAUGGUGGAAGUGGGGCGGUUCGUGAUAUCGCGCAAUGCGACAGCUUCGGUCAGGUCAUCACGCAAUUCUGACAUACAUGCGCUGAUCUCCUGGGCCAUCGAGGACCGUGUCGGAAGGUUGACGCAGAUGUCUGACAACAGAGGCAUCCCGGCACCUCCUGCGCUGGAUCGGCUUGCGUCCCCGCAUGGCCUGGCCGAGGCGAAGGCGGGGUGUGCCCUGCACCUCGUGUGGUCGUUGAGAACGUGGCUGAUGCGCCUGUUGCAUCACCCUCGUGUGAUGUACUGUGUCGACGGGACGAGCGAGAAUUGUUGUCGUUCCGUAGGUCGUCCACGGCGUGCUGUAUGUCGUCCAGGCGGCAGCGUAUCUCGUGAUGAUCGGAACCAAGCUCCUCGGAGUGUCGAGUCUCGGAGUCGAGCGCGCGCUGGACGUGCUCGGCGAUCGACGAGUGAUGCGAGGAGAUGUUGGCAUCCAGCGACGAGGGAGUGGCUGACUCGUCAGACGUCCUCGUGUCGGUUUGGGUGUAUGCGUCAACCAUCUCAGGGAGCUCGUCGUCGGACCCGAGAGAGGACGCGUGUGGCGCGCCCGGGGGUGGUGCGGUGUGUGGGCCAGAUCGGAGCGCAGGCAUGAUCUGGCCAUGGGCAGUGGAGGCAGAGUCUAUGGAAGACAUGCCGGUUGCGAAAGGGGUGAACAAAGGGUGUUCGUAGAGUGGGUAGCGUGAGGGGAGUGGCGGCCGCGAGGUGAGUGGGUACACCGAGUGGUACUUGAACAAGGAGUGUCAAGUGGAAGGUGCCGUCGGGGACAGCGGAGUCGACGUCGGAAGGGGGAAAGAGCGUGGUUUGAGGAGACUGAAUGUCCACCAA